CCGUGGGCUUUGUGAGCGAGGACGAGUACCUGGAGAUCACGGGCAUCACGCGGGAGCAGUCGGGCGAGUACGAGUGCAGCGCCUCCAAUGACGUGGCAGCCCCCGUCGUCCAGCGAGUCAAAGUCACCGUCAACUACCCGCCGUACAUCUCGGACGCGAAGAGCACCGGGGUGCCGGUGGGGCAGAAGGGCAUCCUGCUGUGCGAAGCCUCCGCCGUCCCCUCCGCUGACUUCCAGUGGUACAAAGACGACAAGCGGCUGGCCGAAGGGCAGAAAGGCGUGAAAGUGGAGAACAAAGCCUUCUUCUCCAGACUGACUUUCUUCAAUGUUUCCGAGCAGGACUACGGCAACUACACCUGCGUAGCCUCCAACCAGCUAGGGAACACCAACGCCAGCAUGAUCCUCUACGAAGAGACAACUACCGCCCUGACACCCUGGAAAG